CCAGCUGCCAGCAUUGCAUGCGUGUUGUCAAAAACUAACCUCUUUAUUUUGUAAAUAAAUUUUAAUUUUGUAGCCAAAAUAUUUUUGUGUUAUAAGAUGAAUAGUACAAAUUGUUAACUGUAGUAGUUAUAAUGUCGCAUAAAAUUUUAGAGCUUUAUAGUGGCAUUGGGGGCAUGCACUGUGCAUGGAAAGAAUCUGGUCUAGACGGAGAAAUAGUAGCAGCAGUGGAUAUAAAUACAGUAGCUAAUUCAGUAUAUAAACAUAAUUUUCCCGAAACUAACUUACUGAAUAGAAAUAUUCAACAACUGACACCUCAAGUAAUAAAAAAAUGGAAUGUUGAUACAAUACUUAUGUCACCUCCAUGCCAGCCAUUUACAAGGAAUGGGAAAUAUUUAGAUGACAACGAUCCUAGGACUAAUUCGUUUUUAUACAUAAUAGGGAUACUAGAUCAGCUAGACAAUGUAGAUUAUAUUCUUAUGGAAAAUGUUAAAGGCUUUGAGAACUCUACUGUUAGAAAUUUAUUUAUAGACAAGUUGAAAGAAUGUGACUUUAUUUACCAAGAGUUUCUGCUAUGUCCAUCAACUGUUGGUGUGCCUAACUCUAGACUAAGAUAUUACUGCACAGCAAGAAGAAAUAAAUUGACUUGGCCUUUUAAAAGAAGAGAUGAAAUUAUUACAAGACUACCAAUAGAUUUUGGUGUCCCACACUCUUUAGAAUCAAUAAUCGAAGAGGAUGUAGAUGAAAAAUUUUUGGUACCAGAUAAAAUACUGAGAUGUGCCAAAGUGUUUGACAUCUGCUAUAGAACCUCAAAGAGAUCUUGCUGCUUUACAAAAGCUUACACUCAUUACGCUGAUGGAACUGGGUCUAUAUACACAGAUAAACCUCGAGAAGUAGUACAAAAAUGUUAUGAAGAAGCUAAACAAAACGAAAUUGGUAGUGAAAAGUUUGUUGAACUAUUUAAGGAAUUGAAAUUACGGUACUUUACACCGAAAGAAGUAUUAAUGUUAAUGUGUUUUCCUAAAAGUUAUAAUCUGCCUACAAAUAUAUCUAUGAAGCAAUGUUAUCGGUUGUUAGGUAAUAGUGUUAACGUUAAAGUUAUAAGUGAACUGUUAAAAAUACUGUUCGAAUGAUAAUAAAUAUUUAUUUAAUAUUUUUAC